UUACCCUUAUCUCCACCACCACACCACCUCCUUCACCCAAUCAUCUUUCUAACCCUAACCCUCUUCACCCAGCCACCACCCCUCUUUCCCUUUUCAAUCUCAAAUUCCACCACCACCUUCUUCACCCAACCACCACCCUCUUCACUCAACCACCACCCUUCUUUUCCACCACUGCUCCAAUGGCUCCUUGCCACAUCCUCCCCUCUUUCAUCCUCACAGUCACAGCAACACUUGCUGCCGCUUCGCCGGAGAAGAAGAACACCUCGGCAGAGAGAGUUGAGAUCGCGACCUCGACCCUAUUCCUCCCAACUGGAAAGGAAAAUUAAGGAAAUCAAUGGCGGAGGAGAAAUACAAACCCUAGAGGUAGUAGAGAAGAACCCCAAAUUAGGGGUAUUCCACCUUUACUUGAAUCGUUCGAGACAACGCAACGCUCUGACGCAUGAUUUCUUCACUGCGUUCCCCAAAGCCCUGUAUGCCCUGGACCACAACCAUGACGUCAACGUCAUCGUGUUAUCCGGCGCCGGUGAUCACUUUUGCUCCGACAUCGACAUUUCCCAGUUGAAAUCUAUCACGCAGUCCUACCACGAUGCCGGGGAAAGUCUCCGUCGGCAGAUCCUGGCGAUGCAAGAUUCUGUCACAGCGUUGGAGCGAUGCCGAAAGCCAGUGAUUGCUAGUAUCCAUGGCGCUUGCAUCGGUGGUGCAAUUGAUAUCGUGACAGCCUGUGACUUAAGGUAUUGCACGGAAGGCGCGUUCUUUUCGGUGAAGGAGGUUGAUUUGGCCCUGGUUGCUGAUCUCGGCACUCUUCAGAGACUGCCAUUAAUUGUUGGCUACGGUAACGCCAUGGAGUUGGCCUUGACAGCUCGCCGAUUUUUCGGUUCCGAGGCUAAGCAGUUGGGCCUCGUUUCUCGCGCUUUCCCUUCCAAAGAUGACCUCGAUCAAGCUGGCAGCUGCGUCGCUGGAAGGGACUUCCCCGCCGCCUUGUGCAACCGAAAGAUUAUUGGAGCUCGCUACUUCUCCGCCGGCUAUGAGGCCACCAAUGGCAAGAUGAAUGACACCCUUGAGUACCGUUCUCCCAGGGACUCCGAUGGCCAUGGCACCCACAUCGCUUCCAUCAAGAUUGAGAGAGAGAGAGGAAGGGAGAGAAGAUGAUAGUGGUAGUGGUGGAGAGAGGGGUAGUUUAGGGAUUUUAAUUAAUUUUUUAGGGUUUGGAUAAUUUUGCUUGUAAAAAUUAUAUUUCAU